UCCCCUCCACCAAAACACACACUAACACACACUAAACCCAAGGAAAAGAGCCAUGGAUAUGGAUUUUCCAGACCUACAAGAGCUAGAAUGGCUUGAAGCCAACAACUCUAACUUCCAAGACGACGUAGAUUUCGACCUUGAUUUCCCUCCAGAACCUCCAUCUCCACCAUCCGAGCUCGAGCCACCACGGGAUUCACCUGAACCCAAAAUCCCUUCUUUUAAACCCACUUUAUCUCUCCCACCAAAACCCUCCCCAAUCAAAACCCAAACCAACCUCAAGAAAAGAUUCCGACCUGAUUUGAGCCCGGAUUUGAUUGACCGUGGAGAUGGGCGUCCGACUGGUGACCCAGAGGAGAAGCGGAGUAGAGUUGAUAAUGGGGACGAUGAGGAGGAUGAGGAUUGGCUUAGGUACCCUCCCCCGCGGCCGGUGGCUGGAAAUGUGGAUGCUGGCGUGGCAAUGUCGGAGUCAGAGAAGGUGGAGGAGCGGGUUUUGUCCAGGUAUGCGACGGAGAUAGACGGGGAUUACGUCCCGAUUACGGGGUUGGAUGGGGAGAGGGUUUAUGCAAAGAUUUGUGGGGUCGAAUGUGAGGACAGAGUGAAGAAGUUAGAUAUGAGGGGCGAUCUUAAUGGUCUCUCGCGGGAACCUAUUAGAGUUUUAAUGCAGAGAGUGGAGCAAGGUGAAUUCUCAAAGGCUUUGCAAGCUAGUGUUGAAGUUGAAAAUGAUGUCAAUUUGUCACCAGCACCAGUUGAUCCAGAGCAGCUUUGGGUGGACAAAUAUGCCCCAAAUACUUUUAUGGAGCUUCUCAGUGAUGAAUACACAAAUCGUGAGGUACUCCUCUGGUUGAAACAAUGGGAUUCAAGUGUUUUCGGAUCUGAAAUUAAGAGUACAGCAGAUGAUACUUUGUCUGCUCUGAAACGACAUUCCUCUGCUGUCAAACACUUGAAGUUUCAUGCUAGGAACUCUUUUGGAAGUAAUCGAGAAACCAAAUUGAGCAAAGAAAAUUUUAGAACUCAUAAUUAUCAGAAUCAAGAAAAAAAUCAAUCAAAUGAUAUUCAAGAAAUGUGGGAGAAGAAGCAGAAAACAGUUGGUCAUCCAAAACAAAAGAUUCUUUUGCUCUGUGGUCCUCCUGGCUUGGGGAAAACAACAUUGGCGCAUGUAGCUGCUAGACAUUGUGGGUACCGCGUGGUGGAGAUUAAUGCUAGUGAUGAUCGGUCGGCGUCAACAAUUGAAACCAAAAUCCUUGAUGUGGUUCAGAUGAACUCUGUAGUUUCUGAUUCCAAGCCAAAAUGUUUGAUUAUUGAUGAAAUUGAUGGUGCUCUUGGUGAGGGCAAGGGUGCUGUUGAUGUCAUUCUAAAGAUGGUUUCUGCUGAAAGAAAAUCUGAUAGUGGAAAAGAAAUUAGAGGUCAAGAGGAACAUUCUGGACCGAGAUCUUCCAAGAAGCAGAAAAACACAUCCUUGCUAAGACCUGUGAUUUGUAUCUGUAAUGAUUUAUAUGCACCUGUCUUAAGGCCACUGCGUCAGGUGGCAAAGGUUCAAUUAUUUGUGCAGCCAACUGUGAACCGUGUUGUAAACAGGCUCAAGUAUAUAUGCAACAAGGAAGGGGUGAAGACAAAUUCCAUUUCUCUAACAGCACUGGCAGAAUAUACUGAAUGUGACAUAAGGUCCUGCUUGAACACUCUUCAGUUUCUCAACAAGAAGAAGGAGGCACUCAAUAUGUUGGAGAUCAGUUCACAAGUGGUUGGCCGAAAGGAUGCAUCAAAAAGUGCUUUAGAUAUAUGGAAAGAGGUAUUCCAAAAACGAAGAGUCAAACGGGAAAGACAAUGUAUGAACAUCUUGAAUAACAUGUCAAAUGAGCUUGAGUUUCUUCUCUCUUUGAUAUCUAAUCGUGGGGACUAUGAUUUAAUCUAUGAUGGGAUCCAUGAAAACAUCUUACGACUCCACUAUUAUGACCCUGUAAUGCAAAAGACUGUCCAAUGCCUGGAUAAUCUUGAGGUUUCUGAUAUAAUAAACAAGUAUGUUAUGCGCACACAACAGAUGUCACUUCAAGUUUAUCAGCCCCAAGUUGCAAUGAUCAUACAUGGCCUGAUAGCUCAAGUUGAUAGGCUAAAUAUUGAAUGGCCAAAAUCUUUUCAAAGGUACCGGACCGUGUCAUUGGAAAAGAUGGAUAUACUCCGCUCCUGGCAUAUCAAAAUAUCACCACACAUCUCAAGGCAUUUGUCAACUAAGUCAUUUGCGGAAGAGUUAAUUUCUCCAUUCUUGCAUAUUCUGUCUCCUCCAACCUUGAAGCCGGUGGCGUUGCAUCUACAAUCGGAGAAAGAAAAAACUGAUUUGGCUCAAUUAGUAAAUACAAUGGUCUCCUAUGCUUUAAACUACAAGAACUUACAAUCUGGUCCUUUAUUUGGUGGCCCAAGACACGAAGAUGUUUUGGAGGGGUCAUUGCUAUCAUUUGAUCCUCCCAUUGAGGACUUCAUAAAAUUCAAGGGAUACAGUUCUUGUCAUUUUGUUCUGGCCUCAGCUGUGAAGCAAUUGUUGGUACAUGAGGUGGAAAAGCAUAAGAUUUUGCAAGGCUGCACUACCAGAUGUUUGGACCCAUUGGAUGCUUCCAAUCAAGAAAACUGUUCCUUGGCAGGGAAAGAGAAUCUAAGUUCACAAUCUACCAGGUCUUGCAUGGGAAUUGCAACAGUUAAGAAGCAGACAAGUGCUAAAAAUAUAUCACUGCAAGUACAGAAUGGACUGUCAAUGGUGCAACCAUUAACUAAAGAAGCCAGCACAUUGGAAACAGCAAGUGGAAAAGUAAGAUUACCUGAAAAGACGAGGAAGCUGUUGAGCUCCUCUAACUUCUUUGACAGGUUUAGAAAGGUCAAAAGUGAUGGUUCUGAAAAUGUCAAUCAAAAUGUGGAAGCAUCAGGAACAGCAGAGAGAGAUUUACGUCCUCUAUUAUUCAAAUUUAAUGAGGGUUUCACAAAUGCAGUAAAGAGACCAGUUCGAAUUCGUGAUUUUUUUCUGUAAUGGAAAGCAUUUCCUGGGAGCGUGUACUGCCUUAAAUCUAAAAAAGCAAGUAGAUGCAAUGCUCAAUUUCAUACAGACCUCAGCAAAGUUGACAGUCUCAGCCAUGGCCUCAAAUGUGAGUAUGGCACCACCGUCAUCUGAAAUGUAGAUUGAGACUUUCUCAA